AUGUAUCCUUUUGUAUUUAUUGUUUUGUGCUUAUAUCUCGGUACCAGUUUCGCUGCUGAACCUGUUGUUAGUUGUCGGUACCGCAGUAACCACCUCCGUCAAGAUGGAGGACUUUGUUUCGAGAUUCCUCCAUGGCAGCACCAGCCAGUGGUGCUGGAAGACCACCUGGUCAGCCUUAGGGAGAGGUUGGGGAACUCCAGUGAUUCACGGCGGCAGUUGAGAUCGCAAUUGGCUUUGGCGAACAGUGAAAUAUCAAGAUAUAUGGACACAGUACUAGCCCCAUUUCUGGACACAUAUCACCGGAACAUUCAAAAUUCAUAUCAGCAGUUAACAGGAAAGAUAUUGAGAAGGAUCAAGGAUGAGAUCAACGCAGCCGUUCAGAGGAAGCAGCAGAUUUUUUCUGAGCUGACGCAGUUGGCUGAUGACUUGAAAGUACCAAGUAUGUGUGAAGAAGAAAGACGGGCAGCUCGCACCCUGGCAAACAGACAUGUAUCCACCAUAUACGCAUGCACUGAAGAUGCACGAGCUUCAAUCGCAAAGAUGGGGAAAUAUGCUGAAGAAAUGAUAGGGAUCACCAGGAACCAUAUGCAAGCAACACUUCUGGAGGCUACUAGGGCUUUUGAAAUCCCUGGUGGAAAUCGGGAAGCGGCUGCAGCUCAAAGAAGUGGUUCACUUCAGAAGUCUGACGUAUCAUCCUGUCUUGAAGAACUGUCAAGAGCCGCAGUGGUCUUGGGAUACGAGUUGGAUCUUAGCUUGACGAAUGCUAGAAGACAUAAUGAACAGUCCUGUGAAAGACUGACCUCCUGCACUUCAAGAGGACGAAGGCAUACAGAGGAAGCUGUGGCAGCAUUGAGAGACCAGAUCUAUCAAUGUGUUUAUGCUUGA